AAACCUAGAGGAGGGAGGAGGCAGGCGCGGCAGCCUGGCGGCUGGGGCUGAAGCGGGACGGGUCCCUGCGGCGGCGAGCUAGCUCCUGAGGUGCGGCGUCGGGAAUAAGCUGUGAUCAUGACCACUGAAGUAGGCUCCGUGUCUGAAGUGAAAAAGGAAUCUGACCAGUUAGGAGCAGAUGCAACCAAGGAGAAACCUGAAGAAGUAGCAGAAAAUCAGCAGAAUCAAUCAUCCGACCCAGAGGAGGAAAAAGGUCUCCAGUCACCUCCUGCAGCUGAAAGCCAAAGUAGUCCACGCCGCCAGAAGAGAGAGAAGGAUCCAUCUGAGAGCAGGGGUAUUUCUCGAUUCAUACCCCCAUGGCUUAAGAAGCAAAAGUCAUAUAAUUUAGUAGUGGCCAAAGACGGAGGGGAUAAAAAAGGGCCUACCCAAGCUGUUGUGGAAGAACAGAUCAUAGAUAAAGAGGAGUCUCUUCCAGAAGAAGAGAGGCAGGCCAAGGGUGAUGCUGAAGAAACAGCUCGUAGAAAACAACAGGAGAUUAAGGCUGAAGUCAAGGAAGAGCAACCUUCAGUAAGCAUUGCUGAGGCACAGCCUGUUAAAGAAGAAAGUAAGGAGAGAGAAGAGGAGAAGGAGAAGGAAAUUCAGGAAGAAAAACCAGAAGGAGAAGCAGCAAAAAGGGAGACAAAGGAAGUGCAGACCAAUGAGCUAAAAGCAGAGAAGAUCUCCCAAAAAGCCACCAAGAAGACCAAAACUGUCCAGUGUAAAGUGACCCUCCUGGAUGGCACCGAAUACAGCUGUGACCUGGAGAAACGUGCUAAGGGACAAGUAUUAUUUGACAAAGUAUGUGAACAUCUCAAUCUCUUGGAGAAGGACUACUUUGGACUUUUGUUUCAGGAAAAUCCUGAGCAGAAAAACUGGCUAGAUCCUGCAAAAGAAAUAAAGAGACAGCUGCGAAAUCUUCCCUGGCUGUUCACCUUUAAUGUGAAGUUUUAUCCUCCUGAUCCUUCUCAGUUGACUGAAGAUAUCACCAGAUACUUCCUGUGCCUUCAGCUCCGGCAAGACAUUGCUUCUGGCCGCCUGCCCUGCUCCUUUGUGACUCAUGCCCUCCUGGGAUCCUACACACUGCAGGCUGAACUCGGGGACUAUGAUCCAGAAGAGCAUGGCCCUGAUGUCUUCAGUGACUUCCAGUUUGCCCCUACGCAGACUAAGGAGCUAGAAGAGAAGGUGGCAGAGCUACAUAAAACCCACAGGGGCUUAUCUCCAGCACAAGCUGAUUCUCAGUUCUUAGAAAAUGCAAAGAGGCUCUCCAUGUAUGGUGUUGACCUGCAUCAUGCGAAGGUACUGCUUGUGUCACCAGAGCAGCCACCAAAGGCCAAGUUCCUGACCUUGGGGUCCAAAUUCCGCUACAGUGGCCGCACCCAAGCCCAGACCCGCCAGGCAAGCAUCCUCAUUGAUAGGCCAGCACCACAUUUUGAGCGCACUUCUAGUAAACGGGUUUCCAGGAGUCUAGAUGGAGCUCUGAUUGGCGUUGUGGACCAAAGUCUUAUGAAGGAUUUUUCUGGCCCUGCUGGGGAGAUUUCAGCAUAUGGUCCUGGAGUUCUGAGUCCUGUUGGGAUACAAGAUGGAGAUGGCAGAAGGGAAGUCAGAACCCCAAGUAAAGCCCCACAUUUGCAGCUCAUUGAAGGAAAGAGUUCACAUGAGACUCUGAAUGUAGUGGAGGAGAAGAAGCAGGCAGAGGUUGGGAAAGACGAAAAAGUAAUCACAGAAGAAAUGAACGGUAAAGAGAUAUCACCUGGGAGUGGACCUGGGGAGAUUCGUAAAGUGGAGCCACUGGCACAAAAAGACUCCACCUCCCUGUCUUCUGAGAGCAGCAGCAGCAGCAGUGAGAGUGAAGAAGAAGAGGUGGGAGAGUACCGCCCCUACCACCGUGUGACCGAGGGCACCAUAAGGGAGGAGCAGGAGGAGUAUGAAGAAGAGACAGAGGAAGAGCCCGGCCGAGCAGCCAAGGUAGUAGAGAGGGAGGAAGCAGUGCCAGAAGCCAGCCCAGUCAAACAAGCAGGUGCCAAUAUAAUCACAAUAGAAACAGUGAUCCAAGAAAAUGUAGUUGCCCAAAAGGUAUCUGGAGAGAAGAGUGUAAACGAAGGUGCUGUUAAUAAGCAAGACACGAGAGAAGAAGCAGAGGAAGAGCAACAUAAAGUUAACGGAGAGGUGUCUCAUGUUGACAUUGAUGUUUUGCCACAAAUUAUUUGUUGUUCAGAGCCACCAGUGGUAAAAACAGAGAUGGUAACAAUUUCUGAUGCCUCACAAAGGACAGAAAUCUCCACCAAGGAAGUCCCCAUUGUCCAAACUGAGACCAAAACCAUCACAUAUGAGUCUCCGCAGGUUGAUGGCGGGGCUGGUGGUGAUUCGGGCACAUUACUGACCGCACAAACCAUCACAUCUGAGUCCGUGUCGACAACAACCACCACACACAUAACCAAGACUGUAAAAGGUGGAAUAUCUGAAACAAGAAUUGAGAAACGUAUUGUGAUCACAGGAGAUGCAGAUAUUGAUCAUGACCAGGCAUUGGCCCAGGCGAUCAAGGAAGCCAGAGAGCAGCACCCUGACAUGUCCGUCACAAGAGUGGUGGUGCACAAAGAAACAGAGCUGGCAGAAGAAGGGGAAGAGUAGUAAGAAAUUUGUUUCUUAAGCAACAUUCAACUUUGUGAACCUGAAGAAUUUUGACCAUUCCAAGUCUUAAUACCCCACCACUGCUCCAGCAGAUUUAUACUACAACUGGUAACAAUGACCAGGAGCCUGAAGAUUAAAAUGCCAACACCAAACCUUACCUUAACAGCUCUGGUCUAUACUGUUCCCCUGCAUUUUAAUAUAUUAUUUUGUUUUAUAACCACUUUUAAGUAUCUUUGGUUCUUUUUUUUUUAAUUAGGGGGUUUUUGUUUUCUGUUUACUUUGUGUACAACUGCCUGCUUUGUGUGACUCAUGUUGAUCUAAUGAUAGUGAACAAAGCCAGCCCAAGCUGGUAAGGUGCUGUUCACUUGAACAGGUGCUGUUGUGCGGAAAGGAAAUGCUAUGACUAAUUUAGAUAGUGGCUUUCUUUUUUCCAGAUUCUUUCCUUUGAAUUCUUACAGUAAAUAUUUGCAGAGUUUUCAGAUUGCAGUAAAUAUACUGUAUGAGAAAAUAUUAACACGGAUUAAAAGCAUUUUCUUACAUCUUGAAAAGUUUCUAAUGUUUUAGAAUUUCAUUGGGAAUAUUUUUUAUAUUGAACCCUCUUGACUUUCUAGUCCUGUGACUCUUUGCUUUCAGUGGAAAGUCAGAGAAUCUCCAGACUGGAGAAUUAUGAAGAAGUUUGUUGACCAUGCACUGUGUCUGGAAACCCUAUUGCACCACAGUGCCAUUGCUUCUCAGAAAACACACUCUUCGGCAGCAUUCCAGAAACAGGAGGGAGGGAAAAGAGAAAACUGUUUCUUCCCUUCUACUAAAAGACUCAGGCAGCUUAAAACCUUAGUGCUUUCUUUCUUAACAUGUCCAGAUUUCAAUAGCUUCCAUUAUUUGAACACUUGCGUAGAAUGCUUGCUUUGUAUUAAACCUCCUUGUCUACAUGUAAAACUUACCUUUUGUUAUUGAGCAGGUGUAUCUCUUUCAGAUAGUUUGAUGACUCGCACAGGUUUGAGGACGCUGGAGAGAGGAAUAGGGGCUGUGGUCGUCUUUUGUUGGUUAUAAAGAAAGCUAUACUGUUUAAAGCUGACACCAGAGACCUGAUAGGGAGUUAUUAACUGUAUUGAACAUUUUUUCCUUUGCUUUUGACACUAUGUAUAGUUAUGAUGCCAGAUUAGAUUUAUAGCAGCUUUAAGUUGUAUUAAAUGGUAUUUUGCUUUCUGUAAUACUGUUAUAAAAUAAAGUUUGUUUAUUCUCUAAA